AUGGACACAUAUCUGAAGGACGUUGGGACCCGUUUGGAGAACGCGCUGCGCAGCUGCGGGGGGCACCCCGACAGCACCUGGAAGAUGUACCUGGACAGGAGGAGCAUCCUACUGACCUUCCUGCACACCAACCUGAGCCUCCACUUCCUCCGACGCCACCACAAGAGGGUGGAGCUGCUCAAGAAGAGCUCCUUCUACRUCGAGAUUCUGCCCAAGCACUUGGCCCUGGGAGACCAGAGCCACCCGAUGCACCCCAUCAACAUGUUCCAGCACGUGGACCCCUGGAGAUUCCAGAGGAUGAAGACAGUGGGAGCCACCCAGACGAAAAUCCAGUUGCUGCUUUUAGAGGACCUGCUGGAGCAGCUGGGGCGAGGGCGCGAGGAGCUGCUCUGCUGCCUGAAGACCUGCGACGUGCUGACGUUCCUGUCCCGGUGGGACUGGAUCCAGCAGAGGCUCUCGAACCUCUCCAAGAUGCUAGACAGCUUCCUUGGCGCGCUGGUGCCUGGGAAGCUCCACCUCAAGCACCGCUUGGUGCCCGACGCCCAAGCUGCCAAAAUCCCCCGCAUCCGGCUCGUUCUCAGCACCAAGAUGCCCGUGAUGUUUGAUCGGGACGAGUCGGUGGCAUCCGAGGACCGGGCCAUUCUCAGGUGGUUCAGCGCGAGCGAGCAGGAGCAUCCGGAGCAGUACGAGCUCUCCUUCAGGCUCCUGGAGCUCGGGCUGCAGAAGGAGCGGGGCCACGGGGGCACUCUGACCAUCACCUCCAACGGGUGCGAAAUCCAGAACCUGCAGCCGGGCAGAGAGUACCACUUCACCAUCAGGCGGGCCGAGACGUACGCGCUCGUCUACGAGCCGUGGCACGACAGCAUCACCCUCAAAACGGGACCCAGCCCGGACCAAGACAUGGGCGGCAGCCUCUGCGAGCCGGAAGGCUGA